AUGGCAAGCGGAAGUUUCGAGACCAUUUUGGAAGCCGUGGGUAAAACUCCUUUGGUCCGCCUCAACAAAAUCCCCAAAGAACAUGGAAUCAAAGCAAACAUUUAUGUGAAAUUGGAAUAUUUGAGUGCUGGUGGGUCGGCUCAGGAUCGCUUGGCAAAGAGGCUCAUUGAGUUAGCCGAGUCUCGUGGUUUGAUCCAAAAGGACACAACUCUCAUCUACAGCGCUUCGCACAAUGUCGCUCUCGGAAUGGCGCUUGUUUGUGCUGUUAAGGGAUAUCGACUGAUCAUUGUAACACCUGAGCGAGAGGAAAGGGACAUCGACACAAUGCUCACCGCUUUAGGAGCUGAGGUUCUCCGCGUCAACAACGGAUCAGUUUGCUCGAAGGGUUACGCAAAGAGCUUGAAUCUUCCGAACAGUUUCCUCUUAAAUACGCUCGAAAAAGAAGCCGCUGCCGAGAUCAUUGCCUACAAUUCGGCUGAUGAGAUUUUCUCGGCUUUGAAUAAGGUUUCAAUGGUUGUUGUCCCACAUGGUCAAGGAGGUUCAUCGAUCGCUCAAAAGGCUCCAUCUGGAACACGCGUGGUUUCAGUCACAACUCUUCCUGAUCACAAAGGAGGAAAUGGUUUGGAGCGUUACCCUUUCUUGGAGCUUGACGGAAAGCAAGAGAAGAGCGAUGUUAGCUCGAAGGAAGCCUUCUUGAUGGCUCGUCGCUUGAUCCGUGAAGAAGGAGUGAUGACAGGACCGGCUGGAGGAGCUGGAGUGACGGCUGCUCUUCAAUUGGCAACGAAUUUUACUGAAAACGACAAUGUGGUGGUUGUACUUGGAGAUGGGAUCAGAAAUUACAUGAACAAGUUUGUUGAUGAUCAAUGGCUGAAAGAAAGAGGGGUCAUUCUAGACAGUGUCAAGCCGACUGUUCAUCCGGAAGAAAAAUACGAUCCAGAAGUUGUGAAGAAGUAUACACCGACAACGCUCGCCGGUUAUUGGUCAAGAGAUGUGGAUGGGAAAUUCACGAACUGCAGCAACAAAUUCAAGGCAUUUAGAGAAGUCCGUCCAGCAGUUCUUGACAAUGUGCUCGAGGCGAUCGGCAACACUCCAUUGGUAAAACUUCAAAGAAUUCCAAAGAUGUACGGAGUCAACUGCAACAUCUACGCGAAGUGUGAGUACUUCAAUGCUGGUGGAUCGAUCAAGGACAGGAUUGCUGUGAGAAUGAUUGAGUUGGCUGAAGAGAACGGGCUUCUGAAACCCGGGAUGACAAUCAUUGAGCCGACCUCUGGAAACACCGGAAUUGGACUGUCAUUGGCUGCAGCUGUGAAGGGAUAUAAAUGUAUCAUUGUGAUGCCGGUGAAGAUGUCAAAAGAGAAAGCUCUCGCUAUGGAGGCUCUUGGAGCAAUCAUUGUUCGUACCCCGAAUGAGGCAGCUUUUGACUCUCCCUUGUCUCACAUCGGAGUGGCCCUUCGACUCCAAAAUGAAAUCCCUGGAGCUAUCAUUCUUGAUCAAUACCGAAACAUGGGAAAUCCCCUCGUUCACUAUGAGCAAACAGCCGAAGAGAUGAUCCAUCAAAGCGGUGGAAAGAUCGAUGCUGUCGUUGUUGGAGCUGGGACUGGCGGAUCGGUGACUGGAGUCGGCAUGAAGAUUAAAGAUGCUUUGCCCAACUGUAAAGUGAUCGGAACGGAUCCAAUUGGAUCCAUCCUCGCCGAUCCAUCACAAACGUGGACCAAGUUUUAUGAGGUUGAAGGAGUUGGUUAUGAUUUCAUUCCGGGUACCCUGAAGCGAGAUGUUGUUGAUACUUGGAUCAAGACUGGAGAUAAGGAUUCAUUCGAAGUGGGACGAGCUCUCAUUCAAAAGGAGGGACUUCUCUGUGGUGGCAGUUCUGGGGCAAAUGUUUGGGCAGCUUUGCAGGUUGCAAAGGACAUGCCUGAAGGAUCGAAUAUUGUUGUGGUGUUGCCCGAUGGAGUGAGGAACUAUUUGUCGAAGUUUCUUGAUGAUGAAUGGUUGGCCAUCCGUGACCUCAUCCCCGACAAGAAGAUGUGCUGC